AUGGCCGUCCUGUCGAGAGCUCCAACAACUAAUUACUCAUCCAGUGUUACGACAUCGUCUUCACGAUUUUCCACAACUUCUUCUAGCACUCCCACCCCAACCGGCAUACUUCCCAAUGCAUGGCAAUUCGACACAGACAAAGGUACCAAGUGGAACCUGACCUAUAUUGGGGAUCUCAAUUUUACCAAUCCACUUGGUUCCCUCGGUUUACGGGGCGAUAACUGCCGUACCGGGAAGGUUGGAAACAAAGUUAUCUGGACCUGCGGUGAUAUGCAAUGCGGCUCAAAUGUUAUGACAUGUGGGUUUGCCACGGCUCCGGGCUGGUAUGGCACGAGUGAUGUGAUGCUUGUCAACACUGCAAACAAGUCGUCGCUCGCUGACUUCAACAAGCCCUGGUCGGGCGAUCCACAGCCACCCAACGGAGCUAUCUGGGGUAUGUGGUCUUCCAAUGUUGCCCCGAUCAACGAAACUCAUGGUGUGAUCUACGCUCGAGCAUAUUGGCGCAAUGGACCUUACGGGAACACUCCCAAAGUGCUUGGGAAUACGGUUUCAUCCGUCACACUCGGCCCGAAUGGACCCAUCGCGACCAGAGUAGGACCUUUCUUGACGAGCGCAGAUUAUUUAUACUUGGGCGUCUUGUGCAUCCUGCGGGAUGGAAACUACAUCUACCAGUAUUCCGGAGGAGGCCCCAGCAAUAUUAGGAUCACGCGAGUCCCUGCCACAGAUGAUGUUUUCGACGCAUCCAAAUACGAGUACCUCGUGUAUAACACUACCAAUACCUGGGCGCCAGGUCUCCCACUCCUCAACAGCACGGACGCUGGUGCGUUGGUUAUCAGGCCAAGUACAACACAGUUUUCCUGUGGCGGCUCCUGGGGCUCAGUCGUCUACAAUCGGUACUUGGCGAAAUACUUGAUGCUGUGUGGCCAGUGGAUGGUGGAUGUUAACAUGUAUGUCUCCGACACACCAUGGGGCCCAUGGAGCUCCCGCUAUAAGAUCGCGAGUGGCGGGAAAUUUCAGGGCGCCUAUGGAUCAAUGAUACACCCCGAGUACUCGCCGCUAGCAGAUGGAAGCGACAAGUCGUGGUAUUUCUCCAUUGGCCCUAACAAGGAGUUUUUCAUGUACCGAGUUGAUUUUGGCUACUGA